AUAGUACCUGGAGCUAUGCCGAUGAACAUUGUCUCUUUGAAGUUUGACAAUGAUUUCAAUCAAUUGUUAUUCCCAGGAUGCCUUCCAAUCUCAUUGGUAUCUUUAGAAUUUGGAAAUUGUUAUGAUACAAUGUUCCUUGCCAACUCUCUUCCAAAUAGUAUCAACAAUAUAAAGUUUGGAACUUAUUUCAAUAGAGAACUCAAUGCCGGUAUCCUUCCCUCGUCACUCAAGUCCCUAGAGUUAGGAUUCUAUUACAAUCGUGUUAUUCUGCCUGGUGUACUACCCUCAACCCUUGAACAAUUAAUCUUUGGAAAAUGUUAUAAUCAAGAGUUAAGAAUCGGUACACUUCCUCCUAAUAUCAACUAUCUAUCUUUUGGAGAUUACUUUAACCAACCUAUUGUUGGAUCCCUCCCUACAUCAUUAACAACACUAUCAUUCGGACAUACAUUCAAUCAUCCUCUUCCCAUUGGAUCACUUCCUUUUACCUUAACCAACUUAACCUGUGGCAAUUCAUUUAACCAACCUUUGGCCCCUACUCUUAUAUCUACAUCUAUACAAUCACUCUCACUUGGAUAUCAAUAUAAUCACCAACUUGAUACUUCAACUAUAUCUUCACUCAAGUCAUUAUCCCUGGGCAACAACUUCAUUCAUGUCAACACUUUGAGCAAUCUUAAAGCCACAACUCUAAUCCUAGGAAAUGUCGAUCAACUCAUAUCUCUUCGACAAGAGCAACUAUCUCUAUUAUCAACUCUUUCAUUCCAUCGUCAAUUCAAUGAAGUUAUACCCAUGGGAGCACUAGAUUCAAUCAAAGACCUAAAGUUUGGUACUUGCUUUAACCAGCCACUCCCAUCAGGUGUCCUUCCAACUUCCCUUACCAAGUUGGAACUUGGAGAUGUAUACUUCUCAAACUGUAGUCUGCCAAUCAAUGUUCAAUCUCUGGUACUCAAGUCAAUGCUCCAACUUCAAUGUUUUGGAGCAUCUAUAAGUCAAGUAGAGUCUGUCACAAUACAUAUGAAGGAAGAGGAUCUGUCCAGCAUACCAACAUUCAACAUACCAAUCAGAAUGAUUCACCUGGAUUACCCACAACUCAAUAUAACUCAUCAACCUAUCCAAAUGGGUAUAAAGUCAUUGAUACAGAGUAUAACAAAUGCUCAAACAUACAAGAUCACUUAUGGACAAUGUGAUCACACUCCAUUCCAAACUUCAACGAGAAAGGUUAGUCCUGGCCAAGCCAUA